UGUCUUUUAAGAUUUUUCAACGUACUAAUAAAUAAUUUUAAAAUGAUUGCUGUGCAUGGAGGUGCUGGUUUAUUUAAAGAAGGAAUAGAGCAAUUUUGUGCAACAGCUUUAAAAGAUGAUGGAUUGGGGAAGGCUUGUGAUGAAAUUGAAGUCAAUAAUCGGCUUGUCAACGCAAUCAUGGUAUAUUGGAAAAAUUUCGGAAUACUGAACAGAACGCAAAUGGGUCAAACCAUAUGUCAUUCGAAAGAGCUCGUCGAGUUGAGUCGAACGGUGAAAAAAUUUUCGUGCGGACUCAUAUAG